CUGGUUAUUGAUCGGUCCGUCUUUCAUCCAGCGGCCGCUAGCUUUAAACGGACGCCAUUCCCAGCUAUGAUAGCAAUCACAUUUGAGCAUCUAACAAAGUGAUUCCUUCAUAUUAAUUCACAUAACUUAAUUCUCAACAUAUUGAUUCAUAUUAUCUUCCUGGAUGGACUGGCUGAUUUUUACUCCAUAGUUGACUUGAAUCUCAAGGAGGAGCGGAGGAUAAAGUGGUCAUGGAGUAAGUCGAUAGUUCACGUGACAACGCGUUUUUUAACCUCUAUCACAGUAACACCUCAUUUGAGCUGAGACCGCAAGGCCAGACAUAUCCUCUCACAUUAGGUGAGCGUCUUGCCCAUGCAGACAUCUAUCGUAUCGACCAUGAAGCAUUAGAAAAGACCCUUGAAAGUAUUAGGAAGUUCUACGAGAGUCCUUUCGCAUCACCACACACAAGUGACCAUCAGGAUUGCGAGAGCUGUAUUGGAAAAGAUCGUCAAACUCGCAAAGCCUAUCAGGAUUGGUAUCUAUCAGAUGAUCCGCAUCGCUGGUACUCUAAGUUAUUCGACUAUAAAACCGAAUUACAGUCGAUGUUUGAACAACCUAAAGUCUACAGUCUUGACGAUAUCCACAAAAGGGUAGACCAGGAAUUUCGGGCACAUUUGAAGAGAGAUCUUUGUACACACAAACCAGACGAUACCGAAGAUUUUAUGGAGUUGAAGGACCGUAUUUCUAUGGAACUGGAUGAGGGGAUGGAUGUCUCGAAAGUCCUCAAUGCUUACCUGACUGAGUACAUCAAGAUAUGCCGAGAUCCGAAUCAAGUAGACUUCAUCCUUCACCUUCACAACACUACUAUCAAUAAACAACGCAUCCCACUUUACAUCACAUAUUACUGCAGCCCUCUAGAAUCUGACUCCGCCAGCGUACGAAACUUUAAAAGUAAAUAUGCGCGCAUGUUUGAAAAUGAGAUUCCACACGAUGAAGUUGUUGCCGCCAUGAAGAAAGAGAAUUCUCGUACGAAAGAAUUCGAAAUAGCGCAGCUCCAACAUCGUCUGAAUGAACUUAUUCUCGCUCAAUCUGCUCAUCUUAAGGCGAAAGCAAAGAAAGCCGAGAAAGAUUCCCUUAAAUACCAACACCAUCAGCAGGUGGCAAAAGAGAGCAAGGCCCUUUGCUCAUAUGAUGGUUGCGAUGAGGACGUGGACUUAACCGUACCUGAAGGUGCAAUACAAUGUGUUUUAUGCGAUUGGGUUGCGUCAAAGGUACCAGAAGAUAGGGAUCAUAAAAGAUCCUAUUAUUGUUGUCCCAGUCAUGCGCUUCUGGAUCAUGAGAUUCACGAUAAAGCCGAUCAUUACUGCCUGAGUGCCCAUUGGAAAGAUUGUUGUCUUUUGGAACUCGGCGCGGAUGGAGAAGAAACUUAUGGUGGAAUGGGUUUGUGCAAAGUCUGCAUGGGCAGUGGACAUAAGGCUUUUUUCUGUUCGGAGGAAUGCUACGAAAAGAACUAUAAUCAACAUGCUGCAGAGUGGCAUACGGACGAAAAUGCACAAAACUCGUUAGAAGUUUUCACUAUGCCGGACGAUUUCAUUAUUGAGGGUAUCGAUGAUCCUGGGAUAGAGAUUGGUGAAAUUGUGGAUACGGAGAUGAAGGGUGUUUGAGACGCGGAUCAUACCGACUUUGAUGUAUUAUUAUGGUGUUGAAUUAGCUAAAAUAAAACGUAUCUUAAUCUUUGAGCGGGGUCUGGACAUUUAGUCAAUGUCAUCUGAGUUUGUUUCACCACAAAACCCUAUAUUUUCCAAAAAGAUUCGCAGUAUCUGGUGGCUGCCGG